GGAGCGGAGAGUACCGAACCCUGAGCUGAGCGGCGCCUUGCGCCUGGUGCUUGGAGAGCCUCCAGAUCCAAGCCGACGCAGCCCGGACUCCACCCCCGGCCCUCCUCCCUCCUCCCCUCCCAGUAGAGUGUCCCGCUCCGGCUUCCCGCUUCCCUACCCCAGAAGUCACGUUAGGAGGCUGGAGCCGGACUGUUGAGCGCCAGCCUGAAGUUGUGCAGCGGGAACACUUCACGCUUUCCCAGCCCCUCUGCCUUGGGCCCUGGGUCCAGGCUGACGCAGCGGCCGGGCUAGCGGCACAUGCACGCCUCAAGCUCGGGCUUCGCUUGCCUUUGCUGCUGCCCCCAGGCUGGGCAGCUCGCCCGCCACGCCGCGUCUCCGGCCGCAUUAGCUGUCACUCCUCCCGCUGCUGGAACACUGCCCGCCCAGCCGGUGACUUCCCUCGGCUUUGCUACCCGAAGCGGCAGUGUGGGGGGAGCACGCGAUCGGUACGGACACAGGGGAGAGCGUCCCUGACUCUGCCGCGUGGGGGUGUCCCAAGCCUCGGACGAGAAAGGCGUGGGGGUGCCCUGAGCUUCAGGAGAGAACCUGAGCGGGCCCCAGCUGUUUGCCGGGAAGAUUCGGGAGGUCUCCGACUUGGAGGAUGCCCUCGAGUCAGGAUGGGCACCCAAGGAGACUUCUGCCGAGGCCCUGCAGGGUGCUGGUGCUGCUGAACCCCCAGGGAGGAACCGGCAAGGCCCUGUACCUCUUCCAGAACAAAGUGCAGCCCAUGUUGAAGGAAGCUGGCAUCUCCUUCAAGCUGCGUCUGACUGAGCGGCGGAACCACGCGAGGGAGCUGGUGCGGGAUGAGGACCUUUCCUCCUGGGAUGCCCUGGUGGUGAUGUCUGGAGAUGGGCUGAUGCAUGAAGUGGUGAACGGCCUGAUGGAACGACCUGAUUGGGAAACUGCGAUUCAGAAGCCUCUCUGUAGCCUUCCAGCAGGCUCGGGCAAUGCUUUGGCUGCAUCUGUAAACCAUUAUGCCGGCAAUGAACAGGUGACCAAUGAAGACCUAUUGACCAACUGUACGCUGCUGCUGUGCCGUGGGGGGCUUUCUCCCAUGAAUCUGCUUUCCCUGCACACAGCCUCGGGCAGCCGCCUCUUCUCUGUGCUCAGCCUGGGCUGGGGCUUUGUUGCAGAUGUGGAUGUGGAGAGUGAAAAGUACAGGUGCCUAGGAAAGAUUCGGUUUACCCUGGGCACAUUCCUCCGCCUGGCUGCCCUGCGCACCUAUCAUGGCACAUUAUCUUAUCUCCCAGUUGGAGCACCUUCUUCUAAAAUCUCAGCUGGACCUCCCCUGGGCUGUGACCAACCAGGCCCUGUGGAUUCACUUCUAGUGCCUCUGGAGCAGCCAGUGCCAGAAAACUGGACGGUGGUGCCUGAACAUGAAUUUGUGUUGGUGCUAGCUCUCCUGCAUUCCCACUUGGGUAGUGAGAUGUAUGCUGCACCAAUGGCUAGAGGAACUGGGGGGGUUGUACAUCUGUUCUACCUUCGAGCUGGUGUGCCCCGGGCUACACUGCUUCGUCUCUUCUUGGCCAUGGAAAAGGGUACACACAUGGACCUGGACUGCCCUAAUCUGGUGUAUGUGCCUGUGGUGGCCUUCCGUCUAGAACCUCACGAUAGCAGGGGUAUGAUUACAGUGGACGGGGAGCAGCUGGCCAGUGAAGCCGUCCAAGGCCAGGUGCAUCCUGGAGGCUUUCAGUUGGUCAGUGGCUGUCAAGAACUAAAGCCUGGUCCUGAGCCAAGUCCUCUACCCUGUUCAGAAGACUCUGCUUCAUCAGAAUUCGCUUCUUAAAUAGGGCUUGUGGACUCCACUGGACUUGCAAUGUUGGGUCUUAGUUUGCUUUGCAAAUGGGGAGUGCCUUACACAACACCUUAAGUGAAAAGGAGUUCCUCCACAGGUUAGCUAGUUCCAGGACUCCCAAAUUCGGUGAGUCAUCUCUGUUAGAUGUCCAAGAUUUCCCCACAUCAGGACCACCAGAAUUAGGUGAACUCUGUUGGCCAGGGGUAGUAUACCGAAUGAGCAAUCUAAAUAAAGUGACUUUUCCAGGU